UGCACGUGAGUAGGGAGGGAGUGCUGGAGGAUUAGCGUGCUCUGAUCAUCACAGUCUACGUGCUACCAUAACAACAGUGAAUGAAGAAAGGCAGUUUAGAAUACAGUUUUCUCCUCAUUGCUCGUGUUUGUCAGUGUGAGAAUCUCUCUCUCUGAAUUUAAAUCAUCCUUCGGCCACUAACCAUGUCUCUGUCAGGUUCGCAGACUCCAGAGGACGGCUUGUACGACUCUUGGGUGGAGCUGGAGGAGCUGCUAUCAGCGGUGAGCAGCAGGGAGAGUCUGACAGGACAAGAACAGGACACAGCCUCCUGGGCCCUGCAGGGGGAGCUACAGAGGAUCCUGCUAGAGGCACAGCUCGAGAGUAAAGACAGUCCUCCACAGGUGGUGACUCCUCCACAGACUGUUGCUUCCCCUCCCCACAGUGAAGGCAGCAGCAGUACAGACUGUGUUACCAUACAGUCCGAAGAAGAAGGGGAGAGGGGGCUGAUUUCUGAGUGGGUAUGGGACUGGUCCAGUCGGCCUGAGAACCUUCCACCAAAGGAGUUUGUGUUCCAGCACCCGAAGCAGCAGUCAGGCUCCCUGAGUGUAAGGAAGAGUGAGGUGAUGAAGAGAGGCCUGUUCUCCUCCGACGUCCUCAUGAUCCUCAUCCCCUCACUGCUGGUCUCACACCUUCUCACACUGGGAGUGGGGAUAUACAUAGGGAAACGAUUGGCUGCCUCCACAACUAGCACUCUGUGAUAUAUGCUUCAGGGUAGCGCUCCCAUUUGUUGACGGCAGACCAAUAGGAAUGGCAGCCCUUGCCACAACACACCCGUUGCCCCUCUCUCUCGCUGUCAUGGGGAAACAUAGGACCAGGCCUUUCUUUACCACUGUCUCUCUGUCUGUCUCAAUAUGUCUGUCUGUCUGUCCACCACCCACCAGCACGUUGUGUGUCUGUCCAUCAGUCAGUCACCCAGCAUCUCUGAAUCUGUGAUUGUCCCAGGGACAGAGAAUGUGUGUGUGUGUGUGUGUGUGUGUGUGUGUGUGUGUGUGUGUGUGUGUGUGUGUGUGUGUGUGUGUGUGUGUGUGUGUGUGUGUGUGUGUGUGUGUGUGUGUGUGUGUGUGUGUGUGUGUGUGUGUGUGUGUGUGUGUGUGUGUGUGUGUGUGUGUGUCAGGGCCGGAGAGAGACUGCUAUACAGACAUUGUGUCAAUAACUCAGACUGAGAUCACUAUUACUUUACCAGCAGAGUAACACUGAUCUCAGUUAACUAACAGAGAGAAACGAGUGAUGAGAUGGAGAGAGAAAAGGGAGAGAGAAAAAAGAGAGUAACUCCUCACUAAAUCCCCAUGGAAGGUAUGAGCAGGGCGUUGAAGAAAUAGGGUAUAUAGUCCAAUGCUUAACCAAAUUUAAACCAAAAUCAAAUUCUGGUGAAAGAAAGUCCCCAACAGUAUAUCUUUAUUUGACUCUGGUCACCAAUAAUUUGUGUCAGAAAUAACAGAUCUGUGAUAAGCCUGGGUGGUUUGUAUAAUGUUGAGGAAUGGUUUGUAUAACGUUCUAAAUGGUUUAUGACAACACAAGUGGCGCUGGUUGUUUUUGUUGUCCUAUAUAACCAUCUGACUGUUUAAACUCUGAACUGUUUGAAGGACCAUAAGCCCAUUAAACCUCAUUCCUCAUACAGCUCCACA